UAAAGAGCGGAGCAACCGCUACUCCACUCAUCACUCCAUCACUGGCCUACCUGAGAAAAGACUACCUGUGACUUACCUACGGCUACAGUUAACCAGCAAAAUCACCAUGAAGGUCCUGAGCAUCUCUGUAUUACUCUGUGUGGCCUUAACUCUAAGGGAAGCAGCAGGGCAGCAGCAGGCUGUGGCAGUGGAACAACUGAGCAUUGUUCCAGUUCUAGAGGAGGCUAAAGAGACUGGGCCACUGAAGCCGCUGGGUGACGCUCCAAUGGAGACCAUAGUAGAACUGGUAGACAACAAAGUAGAGCUUGCUCUACUUGAAGAAGGGGAAGCUGAGGCUCAUUCUCUUGCGCUGGUCCAAGCACCAGAGAUAAGGUUUUUGCACUGCCCUGAUGGUUGGUACCUACAUCAGUCACGCUGUUUCCUCUUUGUGAACUCAUACUUGUCGUGGCACAACGCAGAGGAACACUGCAACACUCUGCAUGCAAACCUGGCCUCCGUUCAGAACCCCCGACAGUAUCGCUUCCUGCAGCAGUUAACGACAAUGGCCAACCGGCACAGCGCGUGGAUCGGUGGAUUCUAUCUCCAGGACAGGUGGCUGUGGAUCGACCGUGUAGGAUUCUACUACGAAAACUGGUACACACACCUUGAUGUGGGCCGCAACGCUUGCAUCCAUCUGCGCACCUCAGUGGGCUGGUCAAAUGCUCACUGUGGCACAGGUCUCCCAUUCAUCUGUGUGAAAAUGUCCUGUUAGUCAAGAUUGUGCUUCCUGCCAGCAGAAUGAUUUCAGUACGAGAAAGCAUUGUUAGUUGGUUGAUGUUAUUUCUAACUGCGUUCAGCAUUUUAGCGUAAUGAAUCCAGACUGCAUCACAUCCGACCGUGAUUGGGAGUCCCAUAGGGCGGCGCACAAUUGGCCCAGUGUCGUCCGGGUUUGUAAUUUGUUCUUAACUGGCUUGCCGAGUUAAAUAAAGGUUCAAUAAAAAAAUGUAAACAUUGAUUAUCUUAUUGACUUUAUUCAGUCACUCUGGAUGUCUGCCAAAAGGCUAAAUGUGACGUAGGCAAGAUGCAGUCAUAGGAUUCAAUUGAUCCAGGUUCUACAAAGCAAUGACCCCCCAAAAAUGAUUGCGACAUGUGUAAUGCAAACGGCAGAUAUAUGAUACAUUUAUGAAAGAUCAACAACAUUUUUAUCUGUUCGACAGGGGGGGAUUUUUAUUUUGUCGAACUUUCUUUAUUGAAACAAAUAAUGGUGUUUUUCUAAUAAAUGAUGAUUGCAGAAUAAUUUUGAAGGUAAACUGGGCACGUGAUGUUAUCACGUAACUAUAACGCUCCACGCCACACUUCAUUCUAAAUGCCUACUGCUAGCAAAAUAAAAAAAAAUCCACUCUAAAAAUGUUUCUUUUCUGGGGGGGUGACAUCAUUAUGUCCAGCUGUUUUUAUCGACACAAGAUAGUUAAAUGGAAGUGCACCGUAGUAGGCAAUCUAUUUUCUAUGCGAACUUUCUAAAUGUCUACAAAAAUACACUGGACAAGUUAAUGGAAACACACAGUAGCUACUGAUGAUGGAAACUGUGCUCUUCGAAUAAA